AUGUAUGUGGACCGAAAGAUUCAGGAUUUAGAGUUUAUGGAGGGCGAGCAGGUUCUUCUGAAGAUUUCACCCAAAAAAGGUGUUAUGCAAUUUGGGAAGAGGAGCAAGUUGAGCCUGAGGUACUUUCGCCUAUUUGAGGGUCUCCGUCGAGUUGGAGAGGUUUCUUAUGAGUUGCCUUUGCCACCGGGCCUGUCAGGUGUUCAUCUGGUUUUCCACGUGUCUAUGUUGAAGAAGUACUAUUCUGAUGGUUCUUAUAUCGUUCGUUGGGAUUAUGUGUUGCUUAAUGAGAAUCUAUCGUGCAGGGAGGAGCCUAUAGCGAUUCUGGAUAGGCAGGUUAGAAAGUUGAGGUCUAAGGAGAUUGCUUCUGUUAAGGUUCAAUGGAAGCACCAUCCUGUUGAGGAGACUACUUAG